CCUGUGUGGAUCCAGAGUGAGUCCGCGAGCGCACAGAGGAACGGACAGGGAUCCAGCAGAAGCUGCACUGAGGAGGACCGUGUUCAAGCUAAAGCUACAGAGCUGAAAUGAGUUUCCUUGGAGGUCUGUUUGGUCCUGUGUGUGAAAUCGAUGUCAUUCUGAACGAUGCCGAGAGCCGAAAAACAGCAGAGCUGAAGAGCGAGGAAGGGAAAUUGGAGAAGCAUUAUCUGUUUUAUGAUGGAGAAUCAGUUUCAGGAAAGGUAAAUAUCAAUGUGAAGCAAACCAGCAAAAGGCUUGAACAUCAGGGAAUCCGCAUCGAGUUUGUAGGACAAAUCGAGCUUUUCAGCGAUAAAAGCAAUACUCAUGAGUUUGUCAACCUUGUGAAGGAGCUCGCUCUGCCUGGGGAGCUGACACAAAACCGCAGCUAUGACUUCGAGUUCAUGCAGGUGGAAAAGCCGUAUGAGUCUUAUGUUGGAGCAAAUGUCAGACUGAGGUAUUUUCUUAAAGUUACAAUUGUGAGGAGGCUGUCUGAUUUGGUAAAGGAGUAUGACCUCAUUGUCCAUCAGCUGGCCACUUACCCUGAUGUCAACAACUCCAUCAAAAUGGAAGUGGGCAUUGAAGACUGUCUGCACAUAGAGUUUGAAUACAAUAAGUCCAAGUAUCAUCUCAAAGAUGUUAUUGUGGGCAAAAUCUAUUUCUUGCUGGUACGGAUUAAAAUCCAACACAUGGAGCUGCAGCUGAUCAAGAAAGAAAUGACAGGAAUAGGGCCGAGCACGACUACUGAGACAGAGACCGUGGCUAAAUAUGAGAUUAUGGAUGGAGCACCAGUCAAGGGCGAAUCCAUUCCUAUCCGACUUUUCAUGGCUGGCUAUGACCUUACACCCACAAUGAGAGACGUAAACAAGAAGUUCUCUGUGAGGUACUUUCUGAACUUGGUGCUUGUGGAUGAAGAAGAUAGAAGAUACUUCAAACAGCAGGAAAUAGUUUUGUGGAGAAAGGCACCGGAGAAAAUGCGGAAAAGGAAUUUCCAUCAGCGCUACGAAUCGCCUGAGCCACGGCCGAGUCUCCCUGCCGAGCAGCCAGAGAUGUGAGCGGGGUUUGAAGAGUGACCAACAGGGACACACGUACCUCUCAGUGACCAGUCGCAACUUCCACUGAACACCCAUGCAGAUCGCUGUUCACACGGUCACCCCUCACUGCUUACGGUGAUAUAAACUGUGCCUGAAGUGGCUCUGUCCUCCCUGCCGUCCACAGCAAGCAGUCUGUUAGUAUACAAGGACACUUUUUAGAAAGCACUGGAAACUAUAAUGUAAGUCAUAUAGCACAUCUUCAAGAUUGCACGUCUCCCUAAAUGAAGAAAUGUUUUUAAAAGAAGUGCACUCACUGGUAUCCUCUAUGUUCCACGUCAUAGAGCAAACAAAUAGAGACCUAAACACAUUUUAAAGAGCUUCCUCAUGCAUGCUAGCUGGUGAAUCUGAGUAAGUACUGGUUAAUAAAGGCUAUGGGUAAAGUUUAAAAAGAAAUGCAACGGCACCCAGGCCACACUGUAUUUUCAAUCCACUUUAAGCUGUAAAACAUUUAUGUUUAACUUAUUUAGCUUCUUUUUUUUUGUUUGUUUGUUUUCUUUGGUUUGUUUGUUUCUUAUAUACUCUGAUAAAUUAUGUCCUUAAAAUUUAAAGAAAGUAUAUGUCUAUAUAUAUAAUAUUUAAAGAGGUUUUGGACUAGAAGCUUUAUAAAACUGGGGCAGUUUGUGUAUUUAUAUUGGGCACAUCUAUUGAAUAUCUAUUCUCAGCCCAAUUUUAAAUACCGCACUGGCUUAGUAGUAAAAGAGGGCCAUUUGAAAUUCUCAGUUAGUUUUAUGAAGUGUUAAAUAUCAUCUCUGCUGCAAUUGCAUUGUCUAAACAAUAGACACUUAAGAAAGAUGAUUUUGAAAUGUUUUGUUGUAUUUUUCGCAUGUCAUCCUGCUUUAAGGUUUCCUGAGAAGGGGAUGUUAACAAUUUUUCACUGUCACAAAUGUGCGCUCGCAUACGUUAUGUGGUUUGUGAAGUAAAUGUUUAUUUAGAUUAUCAUUUCAAAAGUCUUUGUUUCAUUCUAUAGCAUUACAUGUAUUCCCUGUUUCCUUCUAUUGCUUUGAUUUUAAAACUUACACUACAUUAUUAAUGAAAAUGUGUGUGUUCAAAACAGUUGAGAGUGCCCCAAUGGAAAUGACCAGUGUUUGGAGAACUGAGUGAGUAGUUGUGCUGCGGGAACUGAGUCAUUUGUACAUCUUGAAAAAUUGUACAUAUCCAGCCAUAGUUUGUUUAUCUACCAAAAUGUCAAAUAAAAAUGGAAGUUUAUACUUA